AUGAGCGAUGCACACUGUGGCUUCAGCACACCCCUGCCCAGGGUUCUCAUUCCCUGUGGUGUUCUCACUUCUAGUCCAAGACGCUCAGAAGCAAAGCUGGAGGUGGGCCGUGAAGAAGAGUGGAACCAUGCUGACCUCGCGCACUGUGGAGAAGCUGACUCUGCAUCUACAAAUCCCAUCGUUGGCGCAGACGAGGAAGAAGAGGGUCUCCAGAUUUGCCGUGUGUGUGGGGACAAGGCCACUGGUUAUCACUUCAAUGUCAUGACAUGUGAAGGAUGCAAGGGCUUUUUCAGGAGGGCCAUGAAGCGCAAUGCCCGGCCCCGGUGCCCCUUCCGAAAGGGCACCUGCGAGAUCACCCAGAAGACUCGGCGUCAAUGCCAGGCCUGCCGCCUUCGCAAGUGCCUGGAGAGCGGCAUGAGGAAAGAGAUGAUCAUGUCCGAUGCAGCUGUGGAGCAGAGACGGGCCUUGAUCAGGAGGAAGAAGAGAGAACGGAUUGAAACUCGGCCCCCUGGAGCCAAGGGUCUGACUGAAGAGCAGCAAAUGAUGAUCAGGGAGCUGACGACUGCUCAGAUGAACACCUUUGAUAGCACCUUCGUUCAUUUCAAGAAUUUCCGGCUGCCAGAUGUGCUCAGUAGUGGCCGCCAGAUUCCAGAGCCUCUGCAGAUUCAGUCCAGGGAAGAAGCUGCCAAGUGGAGGAAGAUCAGGGAAGAUCUGUGUUCAAUGAAGCUCUCCUUGCAGCUGCGAGGGGAAGAUGGCAGCGUCUGGAACUACAAGCCCCCAGCCGACAAUGGCGGGAAAGAGAUCUUUUCCCUGUUGCCCCACAUCGCUGACGUGUCCACCUACAUGUUCAAAGGCAUCAUCAACUUUGCCAAGGUCAUCUCCUAUUUCAGGGACCUGCCCAUAGAGGACCAGAUCUCCCUGCUGAAGGGGGCCGCCUUUGAGUUGUGCCAGCUGAGAUUCAACACGGUGUUCAAUGCAGAGACCAGGACCUGGGAGUGCGGUCGGCUGUCCUACUGCGUGGAAGACCCUGCAGGUGGCUUCCAGCAGCUUCUCCUGGAGCCUGUGCUGAAAUUCCACUAUAUGCUGAAGAAGCUGCAGCUACAUAAGGAGGAGUAUGUGCUUAUGCAGGCCAUCUCCCUGUUUUCUCCAGACCGCCCGGGUGUGGUGCAGCGCCUCGUGGUAGACCAGCUACAGGAACGGUUCGCCAUGACCCUGAAGGCCUACAUCGAGUUCAACCGGCCCCAGCCCACCCACAGGUUUUUGUUCCUGAAGAUCAUGGCCAUACUCACCGAGCUCCGCAGCCUCAGCGCCGAGCAUACCCAGCAGCUACUGCGCAUCCAUGACGUUCACCCCUUCGCCACCCCACUCAUGCAGGAGCUCUUUAGCACCACAAAUGGCUGA